AAGUUUCAAGCCCUCCUCCCCUCUUCCUACCAUUAGCAGAAGAGAAGAAGAGCAGAGACGCAGGCUGCCGAGAGCAGCAGCAGUAGCUGAGCGCGAUCGAUCGAUCGAGAGACACGAUGAGCGGCGGCGGUCAGGACCUGCAGCUUCCCCCGGGGUUCCGGUUCCACCCGACGGACGAGGAGCUGGUGAUGCACUACCUCUGCCGCCGGUGCGCCGGGCUGCCCAUCGCCGUCCCCAUCAUCGCCGAGAUCGACCUCUACAAAUUCGACCCAUGGCAGCUCCCAAGUUUGGCGCAGUACGGCGAGAAGGAGUGGUACUUCUUCUCCCCGCGGGACCGCAAGUACCCGAACGGGUCGCGGCCGAACCGCGCCGCCGGGUCCGGGUACUGGAAGGCCACCGGCGCCGACAAGCCCGUGGGCACGCCCAAGCCGCUCGCCAUCAAGAAGGCGCUCGUCUUCUACGCGGGCAAGGCGCCCAAGGGCGAGAAGACCAACUGGAUCAUGCACGAGUACCGCCUCGCCGACGUCGACCGCACCGCCCGCAAGAAGAACAGCCUCAGGUUGGAUGACUGGGUCCUGUGCCGCAUCUACAACAAGAAGGGCGGGCUGGAGAAGCCGCCGGUGGCCGCCGGCGACCGCAAGCCGGCGCUCGCCGCGGGGCCCGCGGCGGUGGGCUCCCCGCCGGAGCAGAAGCCGUUCGUGGCGGCGCCGGGCGGGCUGCCCCCCGCGUUCGCGGACCUGGCGGCGUACUACGACCGGCCGUCGGACUCGAUGCCGCGGCUGCACGCGGACUCGAGCUGCUCGGAGCAGGUGCUGUCCCCGGAGCAGCAGUUCGCGUGCGACCGGGAGGUGCAGAGCCAGCCCAAGAUCAGCGAGUGGGAGCGCACCUUCGCGUCCGACCCCGUGAACCCCGCCGGCUCCAUGCUCGACCCCACCGGGCACGGCGGCGCCGGCGCGGGCCUCGGCGGCGACCCGCUCCUGCAGGACAUCCUCAUGUACUGGGGCAAGCCGUUCUAGACGUCACGUGCGCGAACCAAGGGAACGGCAGAGCGUUACGCAACCCCGUCCUGGGCUGCGGUUGGCUGGCCUCCGUCGGCAGCGCAACCGCCGCGGCGUGGGCUUGACUCAGGCGAGCCGCCAUAGCUGACUACUACUAAGAGCUCUAAAGAUGGAUGGAUUAGACGGAGAUGUCAUCAUCGUCGUAAACUAAAACAAGAAGAUGGGACUGUGAUUUGAGGCGGCAAUGAGACCCGUGUGGCCCCGCCGGGAGCUGGGGGAGAUCGCGAUGCAUUGGUGGUCGAUCGUGCGUGGCAUGUGUGUGUACUUGUGCAUAUACAUACAUGGUUGGUUCAUUCGAUGCAGGGCUUCUGUUCCUUCAUUGGUUAAUUAGUUCUAUAUAAUAUAAUGGCUUUGUAGCGUGUUGGUCUGGUCCAGUGGUAGGUCUAGUUAUUGCUUUCCAGCGGUAGGUCAGCCAUUCGUCAAUUGCAAGGAUCAUAAAGAAAAAAACCUCCAUAUUAUUGUAGUUAUUGCAUUGCAUUGGCUCUUUUUCAAAGGAGUUAUAUAAAAAAGGAGAAAAUCGAGGGGCAUUAUACUGGUUUUUA